AUGGACUCAUCGGCCGGCACCGGUACGCCACGCGCCCCCGAGCCCGCAGUUCUAAAUGCUACCGGGAUGAGAAGGUAUGGUCACUAUGGACAGGAGUCAAAUCUCACGCGAAGGAGAGACCCGGCACCAGUCGCGACACCAGCAGUCACGGAGGUCGACGAUGAUCCGAGAAUCAACCAAGUGAGGUUGCAUGCGGAGUCAAAUGUCAGGCAAAGGAGAAUUCCGGCACCAUUCACGGCACCAGUCGCGGGGAUCGACAUCGAUCCUAGGGAGGAACAAGUGAGGGAGCGCAUGCGCCGUCAAUGGAGUGAUAUCUUGCGGGGCACCAGAUGGAGACAGAUGCGCGAAGAAGCGUUGCGAGUCUGCUUGCCUGCCUGCAUCACACGUUCCGUGUCGCAAGAAGUCCAACUGUCCGUCGAGGUGUACAUUCGCGGUCCUGACUUUGAAAAGACCAGCUGGGCGCUCUUCCACCAAUUUGUCAACCCUCUGCUCUUCCCAGACCUGACUCGUCAUUUUCGCAAUCUGGACACAUACGGACAAGUUAUAGAGGGACGCUCGUUCGUCGGUCGCCGCUAUGCCGAGCACCUUCCACCUGACGGGGACCCAAAGGCAGAGGCCUUUUUGCUUCGCACUUGUCAAGCCUAUGUGCUGGCUCUACUUGGUAGCUCCAACUUUGCGGGGCAGGCAGCCCUCUUCUACAAGUUGGGUUUGGCAUGCACACAAACCAUAGUCAUCGCCUUCGUGCUCAUCACCUACAUUUUGGCGAAUUUCUUUUACUCGGGCCGCCACAUCUUUUCAGUCACACAGAGUAUAUGUGCGACGACCUUCGUCGCCUGGUUCUUAUUUUACCAAUGCUGGGUGCCCCUCCCAUCUGAUGAUGUCUGGGACAAUGCCGCGGAUCUGAGGUCCCAGAUCAUUCUCGCCUUGUUAGAGAACGAGGAUCAAUUUGAGCAAGAUCAGAGCUUAAGACCAACUCGCCUCGCCUUUGACGAGCUAGUGCCAGUACCUGACACGCUGGACGAUACUCGAGCGUUCCAUCCCCGAAAGGCCUGGAUGCAUAUGCUGGUCUGCUUGGGAGCAGGGAUUGCUGACGCACUUCGCCGACUACCUAGCAACGGCUUGAUCUCGUUCACCAAUGCCAUCGGCGUCAAUGUGCAACCAGUCAUCGCUCCGACUCUAAGUGAGCCCCAAGGCGCUGUCGUGUCAGAGGCUGCGGUCCCCGAAUGA